AAAAAGCCUGAUACGUGGGAUGAAGAUGAAGAUGGAAUAUGGAAGCCACCGAAUAUCCCAAAUUCAGCAUACAAGGGUCCAUGGAAGCCAAAGAGAAUCAAAAACCCCAACUAUAUGGGAAAAUGGAAGACUCCAUGGAUUGACAACCCAGAUUUUGAAGAUGAUCCUGAUCUCUAUGUGCUCAAGCCUGUGAAAUAUGUUGCUAUUGAAGUAUGGCAGGUAAAGGCUGGUUCCGUUUUCGACAAUGUUCUUGUAUGCGAUGACCCGGAAUAUGCGAAGCAAGUUGUGGAAGAGCUUUGGACAAAAAAUAAAGAGGCUGAGAAGGAAGCCUUCGAGGAAGCAGAGAAAAUCAGAAGAGCUAAAGAAGAAGUGGAAGCUCAGAGAGCAAGGGAAGAAGGUGAGAGACGUCGAAGGCAUAGGGGAUAUGACCGGCAUCGUCGAGAGAAGGAGGCGUAUAGAAGGCGUUACCGGGAUUUUGAUCAUGAUUAUCAUGAUGAACUCUGAGCUGCAUGACUGCAUCAAGGCAAAAGAAUGUUAUUUUAGCAGUGCUGUUAGCGGUAGCAGCAGGGAGAGAGUAGGGGCUUUUGAAAUAAAUGCUAUAAAUAAUGUCAAAAUUUUCUUUGAAUUAUUAAUUUAUUAUAAAAUAUUUGUGU